UACACUGCUGUCUGCUACUUCCGUUUCUCUGUAAUGAUCUUCAACAUGGAACCAAACACUGGGACGCAGGCUAGUGAUGUCACGGGCGAUGACAGAGACUUUCAGUCUUCAGAACUGGGAACAAAACAAUUCUGGGAUGAUGUCUACAUCCGAGACUUGGACAACUAUAACAACUCUGCAGAAGUGGGUGAUAUAUGGUUUGGCGAGGAGAGUCAGAUGCGGGUUGUCCGAUGGCUGGAGGAGGACUGCGAGGAUGUGGACACACAGGACGCCAUCUUGGACUUGGGUUGUGGCAACGGCAUGAUGCUGGUUGAGCUGCACAGAGAGGGGUACAGGGACCUGACUGGCGUUGACUACUCCGAGACUGCAGUACAACUCGCUCGCAACAUCGCAGACAAAGAAGGAAUGGCAGACAUCAAAUAUGAGACAGCUGACCUGACCACUGAUGUACGAGAGGGGGCGCUGACAUGUCGGUGUGGUCACUACAAGAUGUGUGUGGACAAGGGCACGUAUGAUGCCAUCAGCCUCAUACCGGACAAUGCACUGACCGCGCGGCGGACGUACCAGGAAAACAUCAAGCAUCUCCUCCGGGCAGAUGGUUUGUUUGUGAUCACGUCGUGUAACUGGACUUGUGAACAAUUGGAGGAAUUUUUCUCUACAGAUUUCUCUCUCGAGUCUGUGAUACCCACACCAACAUUUCAGUUUGGGGGCAAAACAGGGAACACUGUCACCUCUCUUGUCUUCAAACCCAAGUCAUGAUGUACCAUGUAACAUUUAUUUGUAUUAAAGAGUGAGUGAGUGAGUUUGGUUUUACGCCGCCUUUAGCAAUAUUCCAGCAAUAUCACGGCGGGGGACACCAGAAAUGGGCUUCACACAUUGUACCCAUGUCAGGAUUCGAACCCGGGUCUUCGGCGUGACAAGCGAACGCUUUAACCACUAGGCUACCCGACCGCCCCUUGUAUUAAAGAAAUCUAUUUGUUAUCAGGGCUUUGUCAUGAGGUACAAUAGAGACGAGCAACCAUAUUUCAAUAUCUGUUGUGUGAAUGGAUUCAUCCAAUAGGAGUCGUGUGACUCUUGUGAAUUGGGUAGCUACAAUGUGUCAUUAUACCGACGGCAUGAAUCAUUGCUCUUGCUGUCGACCACUGGGUCGUCUGGACAAGACUGGAGAAUUUACAGGCUCCUGUGUAGUGAGGAAUUUGUAUCAAAAUUAAUCCCAAGAAACCUAUGAUUGCAACAGGGCAUUAAUUGCAUUGGAGUCCGCCUCUGUGGUCUAGUGGUAGAGCGGAAGGUCCGGGGUUCGAUCCCCAGCCACGUCAUACCAAGAGACGUUAAAAGAUGGUACUUGUUGUUACCCUGUCUGGCGCUCGGCAUUAAGGGGUUAAA